AAGCGUUGCGCGCUCCCGCGAGGCGGCAACCAAUGAGGAGCCCCGGCGGCUCGGGCUCGCGCACGCAGGAUGGGGGGAGGGAGCGCACGACGUGCGCGCGCCCUCUCCCUCCUCCACCGCUGCCGCCUCCUUCUUCUGCCGCUCCUGGUGCUGCUUGUGUGCUCGUUCGGUGCGGACCUGGUACCUCUUUUGUGAAGCGGCAGCUGAGGAGACUCCGGCGCUCGCCAUGGCCGACGAAAAGCCCAAGGAAGGAGUCAAGACUGAGAACAACGAUCAUAUUAAUUUGAAGGUGGCGGGGCAGGAUGGUUCUGUGGUGCAGUUUAAGAUUAAGAGGCAUACACCACUUAGUAAACUAAUGAAAGCCUAUUGUGAACGACAGGGUUUGUCAAUGAGGCAGAUCAGAUUCCGAUUUGACGGGCAGCCAAUCAAUGAAACAGACACACCUGCACAGUUGGAAAUGGAGGAUGAAGAUACAAUUGAUGUGUUCCAGCAGCAGACAGGAGGUGUCUACUAAAAAGGGAACCUGCUACUUUACUCCAGAAUUCUGUUCCUCCAGACCAAGAAGACAUUCUCAAUUAGAAAACCGCAAUUUGGUUCCACCACAUCCUGACUACUACAGUAUAGUUUCUCUAUUCUUUCAUUUUCCCCUUCCCCAUUCCUUUAUUGUACAUAAAGUAACUGGUGUAUGUGCACAAGCAUAUUGCAUUUUUUUUUUUUAACUAAAUGGCCAACGGUAUGUUUUGAUCGACAUCAAAUGGAGAUGGAAUGGGGAAAAAUACUGGUUCUGUGAAGAUACCCCCUUUUCUCCAUUAGUGGCAUGCUCAUCCGCUCUUAUCUUUAUAUUCCAGUAAGUUAUUUUGCUCUCACUGUUUAACAAAAAAAGAACAACAUAAAAAUUCUUGCAUACCUUGUUCGAUUGGAGAAUUUUAAUGUUUUUCAUUUAUCAUUGUAAAACCAAGGACAAUUUUAUAACUUUUUUGUACGUAGCUGUUACAUGUAGGGCAAUCUGUCUUUAAGUAGGGAUAAAUUACUCUAAAAGAAAUGAAUCCUAGAUAGUUUUCCCUUCAAGUCAAGCGUCUUGUUGUUUAAAUAAACUUCUUGUUUAAAAUGAGCUGUUUUCUUUAUUCUGAGGAAUAUUAAAUAGAAAGUUGAAGCUUAGAGAAAAACAUGACCUGAAUAGGCCUACUAGACGUAACAUUUCAAGGAAGAAAUAAAGCUACUUUGCAUUUCUGACAGACUAAUGCAAAACAGAGAAUAACAAAGUUAUAUAAAUGACUAGCAAGGAAUGUUUCAGCCUCCUCUUUGUUCAAAAAGUUUAGGCAGUUCCAAAUAUGCAACUUUACUAGCAAAAAAAUUGGGUCAUAAUCUUGGUGAUUUACUCCCAUGUAUUCUUUUUUUGUAACCUCUACCUGAGGCAGAGUGGGUUAGUACAUGCAGUUAAGAAAAAGUUCUAAUUUUGCUGACUGUGCUGAUAAAUCACUUCACCAUUCUAGUCCUCAUUUUGUCUGAUGGUAAAUACUCCCUAACCUAAAACAGAGUUUUUGUUCCUUAUUUGAGGAUGUUGAGGGACAGAAAAUACUUACCUACAUAUACCCAUUCUUACAGCCUUAAAUAUGCAGAUCACUACAGUUUUUAAAC